UUUUUUUUUAAUUUCAAGCUUUCCUAUGCUGGUAAAGUGGCAAAGUAAAUAAAGAGAUUUUCAAGUAAAUGGUGCGAUGGUGAUUCCAAAGGCAUGUUGUUCACUGACAAGCCGGCCUUUUAUCACCUUUCUUAAUUGAGGGUGUCUUUGUUUCGAUCUCCUAUUUAUUCUUACUUCAUUCUCCCUCACUUAGAAUUCUCCAUAGCACUACUUGAGCAAGAAAAUUCCAAACUAAUUAUCAAAUAUGACAGAAAACCAAGUUCUUCAACUAGUCCCAAUGAAUGGUCUCAUCACUCAUCAAACCUCUUCAAGUAUUCCACCACUACCAGCAGCAGGAUCCAAUCCCACUCCUCCUCCUAAGAAAAAGAGAAACCCCCCAGGAAACCCAGAUCCAGGAGCCGAAGUGGUCGCUCUGUCGCCGAAGUCCCUAAUGGCGACGAACCGGUUCGUGUGCGACGUGUGCGGGAAAGGGUUCCAGAGGGACCAGAAUCUGCAGCUGCACAGAAGAGGGCACAAUCUUCCGUGGAAGCUGAUGAGGCAGAGGGGCGGCGGCGGCGGAGGGGGGAGGAGGAAGCGGGCGUACGUGUGCCCGGAGAAGAGCUGCGUCCACCACAGCCCUUCGCGCGCUCUCGGCGACCUCACCGGAAUCAAGAAACACUACUGCCGGAAACACGGCGAGAAGAAGUGGGGCUGCGCCAAGUGCUCCAAGCGCUACGCCGUGCAGUCGGAUUGGAAAGCCCACUCCAAGACUUGUGGGACUCGGGACUACAAAUGUGGCUGCGGCACUCUUUUCACUAGGAAAGAUAGCUUCACAACGCAUAGGGCGUUUUGUGAUGCAUUAGCCAAGGAGACAGCCAGACUUUCUGCAGCUUCCAACAUGCAAAGCGCCGCCGCCGCGGUGGCUCUAUCAGGUGGCCUCAACUGCCGCCACCACAUAAUGGCAGUGCCGGUCGGUCAAGGCCCACCGCCGCCACAUAAUGACUACACUAACAUGAUGAUGAUGAACUCAAUAAGACAAUCUGCUGGGCUUCUUCCUCCAUUAUGGAUGGACCCCACAACUUCGCAAGCCCAAGAAAUCCAAUCAUUUGGUUUUCUUCCCUCUUUGUUUUCCAUGUCGCCUUCUGCAAACAUGUCGGCUACCGCCAUGCUGCAGAAGGCGGCGCAGACGGGGCCCACCACAACAAGUGACCUUUCAUUGCUAGGGUUGAAGUGUGACAACAACAAUAAUAAUAAUUGCCUCCCAAUCAUCGACCAAUUCCAGAUUUAUCCCUCCAGUCGUCGGUACAUCAUGCAGAAUGAAGUUGUCACCGGAGGGCAAACUAGGGAUUUCUUGGGAGUUGGAGUUCAGUCAAUGUGCAACGUCCCUUCAUCUCUCAAUAGAUGGAUAUGACAAAUAAAAUUUGGUUGUUAAU